AUGGCACUGAUUAUAGCAAACAGAAAUAUUACUACGAAUAGCCUUUUCUUGUUAUCAUUUUUUCCGCUUCUUGCACCAUUUAAUUAUGGGAAAAUCGUCCUUAGGAAUUUGAGCAUAGUAGAAUUAUUCGAUAGAAGUACAGGGCAGUAUUUAAAAGAAAAUGUAGUUUUUAUUCUUAGUAGAUAUGGAAUAGAGCUAAACCAAAUACAUACGAUUACUACUGACAACGGAGCAAAUAUGAUAAUUAUGACUAAUCAAUUAAAUGAGGCAGUCAGGGACUCAUUUAAUCAGUCAGUAAGUGAGACGUUUGAUGUAUUUGACAUCGAAACUGUCAUUGACUAUAACGAGGAAGAUCCAUCUUUUAUAGAACAUAGUUUAGAGCUAGAUACCAGCACAGGUAGUACGCCUGAAGCGGUUUGCACUGUUACAAGCAUACGAUGCGCCGCGCACUGCUUGCAGUUGGCCGUCAAGGAUGCCUGCCAAGAAAUGGAAGAAUUUCUUGGGCAUUGCCGAAAAAUUGUACGUAACUUACGUACACCAACUGUAGCAAUGCGUUUAAAACAACUUAAACUGCAAAAUGCAGUGAUUGAUACGUCUAUUCGAUGGGAUUCUACGGCAAAUAUGCUAGAAAGGCUGCAUAAAUUAAAAGAUUUUUGCACUACUAACUUAGUUUUCGAACCUGAAACAAUUUGGGACUCCAUCGAAAAAUAUUUAAACAUCCUGGAACCAUGUAGAAUUCUGUCAAAAAUGCUGCAGAUGGAACAACUUAGUUUUGGUGACUUUUACAUUGCUUGGAUGAAGUGUCGUCUCCAAGUCGAACAAAUAGAUGACAACUUUGCCCAACGUUUGUUGUGUUGUCUAAGAAGUCGUCAAGAAAUGCUUUUCACUAAUGAAUACUUUCUCGCCGCUACUUAUCUCGACCCAAGAGUAAAUGCUACACUUUCGAAUGCUCAACAAAUCAGUGCAAGGGCUGUUUUAGUUGAGACGUACAAAAGAUUAACGCGAUUAGCAACCCCUGAACCUUCUACUUCUGGUGUUGAUGAUGAUGCUCCAGGAACUUCCGCAGAGCUUGAUUCAUGUGGCCAAAAUAUUAAUUUUGGCAACUACCUUCGCGAGCAUUUCUUUAGCAUCAGACACACAACGACAGAUGAACCACAUACCUCACAAUCGUUAGAAAGAGAAAUCAAUCUAAAGUUGAUUGCUUUUAUACAAGAACCAGUAUUACCGUCGAAAACAAACGUUUUAGAGUACUGGGAGCGCAAACAGUUUACUGAUCCAUAUUUCUAUAAACUGGCAAAAGUAAUUUUGGCGACUCCGCCGACAAGUGUUAGUGUCGAGAGACUUUUUUCAUCUCUUAAAUUUGUACUUAACAAUUUACGUAUGUCAUUGAGUGACUCAAUUAUUGAUGAUGUUUUAGUAGUAAGAAACAACCAUUUAUUUGAUGAGGAGUAA